UUUUACACGUUAUUUCUCCCAUACCCAAACUCGGAUCAGCAGGUGUGAAGCAGUCACCAUGAAGGUCACAUCGUUACUAGUCUAUCUUGCAUCGUUGAUCUUUGUGACUAUUGCCUUCGACAGAAACAAUACGGAGAGCCAAGAGUGUCAGAUAUGUGGCUGCAACACAAACUGUGUGGACAACGUCUGCCAGUGCAAGGAAGGCCAUGAGGGAGAUCCGAUCUUUAUGUGCUUUGAAAAGAAUGCAACUGAAUGCUCGAUACGGAAUGACCCUCGAGUGGAUGUUUUUUACAACAGACAUUACUCGGAAAAACUCAUUGGCGAUGUCUUAGCUGCUGACUUUAUAACGGACCGCAAAGCGGAAGGGGACGGCCAAUGCUAUGUCAAAGUAUGGACCUACCUGAACAGAAUCAAGGGCAAGAUGUACGUCACGGAAGUCCAGAUAAAUUUAACUCAAGUCUCAGGAGAUAAAAGAUCCACACUAGUCAUGAAAAUCGUGGCUUCCAUCAUUGAAACUGCCAACUAUAGUAGUCCAAAUGUGUAUGUAUUUGACGCCUACUACUUGUUCGAGGGAGCGUUUGUGUACUGGUUCCAAUCCAGAUCUGACACUCCAUUCAUUAUGUCACGAAACAUUAGGACAGCCUUCUGUGAGCUGGACUUCAUUAGGAUCCGCCCGAAUAUCUUCAAGGUCGAAGCUUAUUGUUGCGGCGUUGUUAUCGGCAUCAGGCCUUACAACCCCAAGCCACCACAAGCGACUCCAGGAUUUUUUAUCAACAUUAACAGCAGCUACAAUCCAGUGUUCCCUGAAUACCCAGUGGCACCCCCUCUUUGCUUGUACGGCCAUCAGACGAAUGUCUCCAAUAUCACCGGCUUCUCCAACUACUUGGACUCGUUGAUCUACUUGGCCCUGACUAACUCCGACGUGAGCCCCCCGUUCGGUAACACCCCCAGCAACCUGGCCUACCUCAGAGGCAUUCUAAAGGCCUGCUCCACGGAGGGAAAACAGAGCUUCAUCAGCUUUUUCCAGGACGUCCUGAACGACCCUCCUUUUGUCUACAGCAUCAGCAACAACGUGCCAGGCCUCUACGAGCUGGUGAAUUUUCUGCUGUUGGUCCUGAAAGACAUCUGUGGCUUAGACGCCAACGGGUGCAGCCAGGCCCAGGCCUUGAUAAACGCACGAGUACCCAACGCCACCGACCCUGCGCCUAUUCUCCAGCCAUACUGCGCUCCUUAAGAAUCUUUUACCAGAGAUCAUGUCAUAGAAUGUUAAGAAGCAACAAUAAACAUUUUUACAAGUUA